GACCACUACUGUCAAUAGUGGUAAUUUAUGAAACUCGUGGUUAAAAAUUAUUUUUUGUAUUUAUUAAUUACGUAAUCAAUGAUAAUGACCAAAUAUUAAUCAAAUAACAUCUUUGACUGAAACAUUUCGAGUACGGAUACAAAGUGUCAUAAUAAAACAAUCGACAAUUGAUUUUCCAAUGUCAUAGACUUUAUGUCUGCCAAGUUUAUUUUUACCCACAAUUUUUAUAUAUUUGAUAAAAAUAUAAAGAAUACAGCUCUACUAUAAUCGGUGAGAUAGAAAUAUAUGUUUAUUAAAUGUUAUAUUUGUAAUAGAGAGGAGAUUUUGUGGUUGGAAAAUGCCUACUAACAAUCAGUAAUUGGGGUCGAUUACCAGUGCAUGCCGAUUAAUUUUAGUGUAUUGGAAGCUUUAUUUAUUAUACAAACACAAUAGGAACACGCAUGAUAUGGCCGCUUAUGUAAAUCGCACGAUAUCUUAUAUGUCUGGUGACGGACCUCAUAACAGGCCUCCUGUCACAACAGUUUUAACAGAAAGAGGAAAACGAAUACCAUUAGAUAAUUCUCCUUUACAGAUAUUUGUCAAAGCAAAGAAAAAGAUCAAUGAUAUUUUUGGAGAAAUUGAAGAAUAUGUCAAGGAUACUGUUGAUUAUAUGCACGAAAUUGAGAAAGAUGGAAAAAUAGUAAAUGGUGAAAAAGUUAAAGAAACUGAAGAAUUUGUUAAUAAAGUACAUAGUAUAAGAGAUGUAUUGCAAAGAGAUCAUAUGAAAGUAGCUUUCUUUGGAAGAACCUCAAAUGGAAAAAGUUCUGUAAUAAAUGCUAUGCUUAGAGACAAAAUAUUACCAAGCGGAAUUGGACAUACCACCAAUUGUUUUCUACAGGUGGAAGGCGCACCUUCAGAUGAGCCAUACUUAGUCUUAGAGGGCUCAGAUGAACAUUGCGCAGUAGAAUCUGUAGGACAAUUAGCACAUGCAUUGUGUAAAGAAAAACUUAACGAAUCGUCAUUGGUCAAGGUGUUUUGGCCGAAAAAUAGGUGCCUUCUACUUCGCGAUGAUGUUGUAUUCGUGGAUUCACCUGGAGUAGACGUUACCCCAAAUCUUGACGAAUGGAUUGACAAGCAUUGCUUAGAUGCAGAUGUUUUUGUAUUGGUAGCUAAUGCUGAAUCAACUUUAAUGGUGACUGAAAAGAAUUUUUUCCAUAAAGUAUCGACUAAAUUAUCAAAACCAAAUAUAUUCAUUUUGAAUAAUAGAUGGGACGCUUCAGCUACUGAACCAGAAUUUUUAGAUCAGGUGAGGAAACAACAUCAAGAACGAGCAGUAGAUUUUCUAGUAAAAGAAUUGAAAGUAUGUACGCCUAAGGAAGCAGAUGAAAGAAUCUUCUUCAUUUCCGCGAAGGAAGUAUUGCAAGCUAGGAUGUCGGAAGGAAAACCAGUUACAAUACCAUUUACAGAAGGUUUCCAAACUAGAUAUUUUGAAUUUCAAGAUUUUGAAAAGAAAUUCGAAGAGUGCAUCUCCAAAUCGGCCGUAAAAACAAAAUUCGAACAACAUUCUCAAAGAGGAAAAUUUAUAGCGAACGAACUACGAGAUAUAUUAGAAAACAUAUACUCCGAUGCUGUGAGAUUGAAAGAAGAAAAAUUGGCCAAUCGCAAAGAACUUAACGAAAAAAUCAAUUACACCGAACAACAACUGAUGGUGGUCACACAAGAAAUGAAGAAAAAAAUUCAUAGUAUGGUAGAAGACGUUGAACAACGUGUUUCUAAAGCUCUUAGUGAAGAAAUCCGACGUCUCAAUACUCUCGUGGACGAUUUCAAUUUACCUUUCCAUCCUGAACCUUUAGUAUUGAACGUAUAUAAAAAAGAACUUCAUCUUCACGUGGAAACAGGCCUAGGUUCUAAUCUAAGAGCUCGAUUAUCUACAGCACUAGCUCUCAAUAUGGAAGCCAGCCAAAGAGAAAUGACGGAAAGAAUGGAGGCUCUAAUACCAGAAAGUUACAAGACCGUCUCUAAUAUUGUAACACCCAGAAGAGAACCUUUUGAAAUAUUAUACAGAUUGAAUUGUGAUAAUUUGUGUGCGGAUUUCCAAGAGGAUUUAGAAUUCAGAUUUUCAUGGGGAUUAACGAGUCUAAUACAAAAAUACGCCGGUAGCGGUGCGAAUUUCUUGACUCUAAGAAAAAAAAGAGAAAGUCCUGUUAGUCCCCAUAUUCCAUCCACUCCUACGGACGUCGUAGACGGUAGGCUACUCUAUGCUAAUACAAGUUUAGAUGAUUGGUCAUUGUUGUCGCGAUUAGCCAUUAUGGGAGCAUCUUCUCAAGGAACUAUGGGAGGAUUAUUGAUAGGAGGGUUUCUGUUUAAGACCAUCGGUUGGAGAAUAGUAGCUCUGACAGGUGCUAUAUACGGUUGUUUGUAUCUGUACGAACGUUUAACUUGGACAAACAAAGCAAAAGAAAGAUCUUUCAAGAAACAAUACGCUCAACACGCCUCUAAAAAACUCAGGAUGAUCAUCGAUCUAACGUCCGCUAAUUGCAGUCACCAAGUCCAACAAGAAUUGAGUAGCACCUUCGCUAGAUUGUGUCAAGUAGUAGAUGACGCUACUAGUGUUAUGGAUAAACAACUUAAAGAAUUAGAAUCGGAGGUGAAUAGUUUAGAAAACGCGAGCAGUAAGGCUAAAGUAUUGAGAAAUAAGGCGAAUUAUUUAGCGCACGAAUUGGAAUUAUUCGAGAAGGCGUAUCUUAGGAUGAAUCAUUAAAACUAUGUCUACAAUUUUUCGAUUCACUUAAUUUUGUAAUUUGUUUGAGUGUAACGUUAAGGUAAACUAACAUUUAUAAUUAUUUGUUUGCUAGAUGAAAAUUUACCACUUUUUUGUUAUAAUCGGAAUUUCUAACGGA